AUGAAGCAGAGAGAUAGUAAAUGCCAAGGGAAAGAAAGCUGUACAGAAACAAAGGGACUGCGAGCCAGCCCAGGAGCCUGCGCUCCCCGCUCGGAGGUCCGGCCCGGGCAGGUGUUGCUAUGGCAGGAGCUCAGCCCCGGCCCUGCUGUCACCCCGCUCCCUCCUCCUGCGCCUCGCCCGCGGCCCCGGCGCGACCCCUGCCAGCCCAGCGCCGCCACGGGCACAGGGAGAGCCCCUCGCCACCGGGGAUUCUGCCUCCCGCCCGUCCUUCCCCCGCCCCCGCGGCCCCCAGGGUUUAUCUGCGCUGACAGUGAAGCGGAUCAGCGGCCCCGCCGCCCCUCCCGAGCCCGCCGGGCAGCGCCGGCCCGUCCCGUCCAGCGCCCUCGGCCGUUCCGCGCCGGCCCCUCGAGGAGCCCGGCAGUGCCCGAGCGGCUUGGAGACGCCGGCACUGCCAAGGCGCCGGCUCCGAGCACGCACCCACCCACUCGCCCGUCCGCCCUUGCUGCGGCUCGGCCCUCACCCGGUCGCUACACGGGCAGCAGGAGCAGCGGCGGCAGCGCAGCCAUGGCUGGCACAGUGCGAUCCCACUCCCCGCCGGCCGCCCGGCCCAGCGCGCUGACACAUCAACAAAGAUGGCGGCGGCGGGCGGGGCCCCGCGGCGGCGGGGGCGGGAUCGGGGCAGCCCCGGGCGGCGGGGCCGGCCCUGCCCCGCGGGGGCCGCGGUUCCUCGGGAUGGGCCGGGGGCGGACGGGCCAUCGCGGCAGCCACCGUCACCAGCAGGUGACGCGGGACCAUCUGGCCGCCUGCCCCCGCCCUCGUGCUGCUGCCGCGGUCCCACCCGCGCCGCCGAAAACCCGCGAUCCACUGACGGUGCUGGAAGCUCCGAGCGGCUGGAUGUUACCUACAGAAAGUGUGGAUGCCCCAUACCCCAUCCCUGGAAGUGUUCAAGGCGGGUUGAAUGCGGCUUGGAAUUACCCGGCCCAGUGCAAGGCUCCCCAGGCCGCGCCUCCCCGGCGAUGGCGGCACCGCGGGCAGCGGGCGCCGGGGCAGCAGCACACGCCCCGCUCCGCCCCUGGGCACCGGGGUCCCGCCUGGGCGGGGCGGAAUGAGCGCCACGGGCCCGCCGGGAGCGCCUGCAGACGUCGCUGGCCUGCGGGGGCCGCUGCUUCUCCUCUUCCCGCCCACGGUCGUCGAGUGAGCGCCUGGCCGACCUUCCCGCGUGGGCAGCGCCGACGGCAGCGCGGCGGCCCGGGUUACCUGGCCCACAGCCACCUUUGGUCAUACUCUAAUGUCAACCUUUACGUGAUGGCAGAACCACUUAAUCUUCAACAUAAGGAAGUUGCAGAUGCAGAUUUAAGCAACAGGGUCACAGGAAGUUCUAUGGAAGACAAAACUGGUAGAGAGAACUGCAUAGCUGCAGCUGAUAAAGAAAAUACUGUAUCACAUGCUAAUUGGAUUAAUGGGAAGCCAAAGAAAUUGCAGUGUUCCUCUAAGAGUGCUUUUUCUAUUUGCUAUGAUAAGAGUUUCUUGAGUUUGUUAGUACCACCCCCUAAAGGGGGCACUUGCCAUCGUUGUGGUCUGUCUGGAAAGCUCAGAUGCUCACAGUGUCUGCAAACUUACUAUUGCUCUGCAGAUUGUCAGAAAAAAGACUGGCCAGCACAUAGAGUAGUUUGUGAUCCCCUUAAACAGAAUUUAAGUCAUAGCAAAACCAAGACAGGAGUUUAUGUUAAGGAGGAAGUGAGGUUGAGUUUUGCUGUAGAUGUUGUACUUCCAGAUUCUGAAGACUGCCUAAAUAAAGUUCCCUUAGAAAUGAAGUCUCAUUUAGCUUCAGGACGUGAUGCCAGAGUAGACUCUCUGAGAGUAUCAGAAAACUAUUCAAAGGGAGGUGAGAAAAAUAUACCUGAGGAUGAAGACUCUUCUCACUGCAUUAAUUCAAUUACCAAGUUUGUCUCUUUAAGUAUUGGAGAUGAAUUUUCUGGUGUGGUUUCUCACAUUCAAAGUCCAGACACCUUUUUUUGUCAGCGGAUGCAAAGUGCCCGUCAACUUGCUGAGCUUGAAGCAUCCCUUAAUGAAUACUGUGGCAAAAUUCCCAGUAGUCCAUCUUUCCGUCCUGCUGCUGGCAAUGUGUGCUGUGCCCAGUUCACAGAGGACAACCUUUGGUAUCGUGCUGCUGUUACAGCUUAUGCUUCUGAAGACACUGUUUUGGUGGACUAUGUGGAUUAUGGUAAUUCUGACUCUCUUCCACUGGCCAGACUUCGUCCUAUAAUUCCAAGCUUAAUGGACUUGCCAGCUCAAGCCAUAAGAUGUAGCCUGGCAGGUGUAAAGGCACCAUUAGCACGGACCUCAGAAUGUAUUUCCUACUUGAGAAAACUGGUGAAAGACAAAGUGUUGACAGUAAAAGUCGUGGAUAAAGAGAGUUCUAAAUCCGUGGUGGAGCUUACAGAUGCCUCAAGUACUCCAGUAAUAAAUGUGUCAAGCCUUCUCCUUGAGGAAGGCCUUGCAGUUGAGGAGCUGACCUUGGCCUUACCAGCAGCCAGAGGGAGUGAUGUGGAGCAAGCCAAGGAGGACACAAUGAACAAAAGAAUGUGCAAGUGGAUUAAAGUAACUCUUAACCAAACACUCAGUGUCAUAGUGUGUACAGUGUACAAUCCUGGAGAAUUCUACUGUCAGAUUUCAAACAGCCAUGAGUUACUUGCUCUAAACUCGCUUAACAAAACAUUGUCUGAAUACUGUCAGAAUACACCACCAGAUGUUUUGCAGCCUGAGAAUGGAGACCCUUGCUGUGCUUUUUACUCUGAGGAUGGUAACUGGUACCGUGCUGUGGUGCAAAAAGUCACUUCAGAUGGAAGAGUUCGAGUGAGCUUUGUGGACUAUGGGAACACUGAGGAUGUACCAUGGGAUAGCAUCCGACAGAUCUCACCCUCCUUCCUGAAACUUCCAUUUCAAGCAAUUAAAUGCUGGCUCUCAGGUAUAAAGCCUGGAAACAGCAAGUGGAAUCCAGAAGCUACAAGAAGAUUUCAUAUGUACACUUCAGGCUUAGAGCUUCAAGCCACAGUAACUUCCCUUUCUGAAGAUGGGGCAGGUGUAGUGCUUACUGAUAAUGCCACAGAUUGUCCAACAGUUAUCAAUGAGAUACUAACUGAAGAAAAACUGGUUGUAAAGGAAGUUCUACAAGAUGAAAAUGACUUUCCAAACACAUCUGUGGACCAGAAAGCAACUUCACUUGGGCACUGGAAGUCAAUUGAAUUGGCUGUAGAUGAAACCAUGUCUGUCUGUGUAACUGAAGUUGUAAGCCCAGACUUGUUCUAUGCUGUACCAUUCCCAAAAAAAGGUCAAAAGAAGCUCUUGAAGGAGCUGAUUUCACUGGAAGACUAUUGCAGAUCUUGCAACAAGCAGCCCUUCCAACCAAAACUGGGUGAAGCCUGUUGUGCUCAGUUUUCAGGUAAUGGCAAUUGGUACAGAGCUGUUGUUCUGGAAGCUUCCCAGUCUGCAGUGAAAGUUCUGUAUGGAGACUAUGGCAACACAGAAACUUUACCCCUUUCAAAGGUGCUGCCAAUCACUGACUCCUAUUUAAAGCUGCCUUUUCAGACUAUUACAUGUUCACUUGCAGGAAUAGAGAAAGCUAAGUGGUCUCCAUUAGUGCUUGACACGUUGAAAAAACUGUUAUUGAAGCAACAUGUCACAAUUACAGUGAAAGGGAUUAAUGGAAAUGUUAAUUUAGUAACAGUGGAGAAGCACUUGGACAAUGGUUAUGUGAAUGUAGCUGACAAACUGCUAAAGGAGGGUUUGGUCACAUCCUGCAGUGCUGAGAACUCACACAGUGAACAUCAAGGUAAUGAAGGUGAGACCAGCUGCUGCUGCAAAGAACUAAAAGUGCAACUUGAAAAGCAUAAACAAGUCCUACUCUUCCUUUUAAACAAGUUUGGGAAUCCAGAUGGAUUCGCUGAUAUGAAAAAUCUGUUGAACCACUAAGUCUCUGACAGGCACCAUUUCAUUUUCAUGUCCACCAAGUUGCUGCAGUUCCUUUUUUAGAAGAUCAAGAGCAUCAGCUUAAAAAAUGAGGGUCACUUUGUAGAAACUGUGCUGUUUAAGUACCUGCAUUUAUCUGUGUGCUUGAUUGUUACUGUGACACAAGUAUGUAACUUGGAGGAUUGCAAACCUGCAGGCUAAAAUUUCUGUUCUGUUCUUGUUUUAUGCCACCAUGUGCCACUGAACAUUUUGCUUGUAUUUUCUUGUUGAAUGCACAGAAGUUUAUGGAAUGGCCAUUACAUUGUGAGUCUGUUCUGCAGACUUGCAUUUGGAAUGAUUGCAAUUGUAAGGCUCACUUAACUUUGGUACCAUUUAUAUCACUUGAAAAACUCUGUAUCUUCUUUAAUUACUGAUCUUUCAGCCUAAUUUCUGGUCUGAAGUUAGACCUUGAUUUCAGUAUCAUUAAAGGUUGAAUGUUGUCUUGGACUGCAUACAGGUAGUUCUCUCUAAAAUCAGUAAACACUUUAAUGUGCACAGUUCUUUUUUUACACUUAUGCUGUAUAAUAUGCAUCUGUGAAUGUUAUUUUGAAGUGAAUUGUAUUGAAGCUGUUUUAUGUGUAGCUACAUCAUCAGGAUUUCUACCCCAUCAAGUUUUCACAUCAUAAUAAAAAAGACCCGGUCUCGGCAAUGACAAAAAUACUAAAUCAAAUUGUUAAGAGAUUAUCAGUAUUUUAGUAUUAAGAGAUUAGCAGUCAUUUGUGACUAAUUCAGGAAUGUCAGAUUACUUUUUGUGGAACGGAGUAGACAUUUGCUGAUUGAAACUGCAGGGUCAGCCUUUUUGUCCACUUACAACAUAUACUUCAAGUUUGGGCUUUUGCAGAUUGGAAGAAUCUUGAUAUUAAAAUUGUUGCCAAAUAUUUUCUUUUGACUUAAUGUUUUAUUACUCAAAUUGCCUCAGAUUUUUUUUCCUUCCUCUUAGUUUUUGUUGCAUCAUGUUCUUGCAGUAACUAAUAAUUAGAUGAAUGCUUGCACUUGAAUUUCUGGAGUUCUGUUUGUGCCCCUGGUUCUGAACAAGACUAUGGCUUUGUCAAGUGUUCUUUGACUCCCUGAGAGCAGAGUGACUUGCACAAGGAUUUUCUCUCAUGCAAAGCACCUCACUGAUUAUUUAGUACUCCCACACCUCUUGUUCACAUCCUCCAUCAAAA